ACCCUCCUCAUCUCUUUUCUUAUUUAACUUCCAACACACACCCCAAUUAAAUCUAGAAAAAAAUGGAUCCUCGACACCACCACAAUGCCUACCAACCAACUCCACCACCACCGCAACCUGCCCACCAUCUUCCCACCCACCACCAGCCAUCACCACCACCACCGCAACACCAUGCUCCCGCCCACCACCAACCAUCACCACCACCACCACAACCUUCCCACCAUGUUACCUCCCAUCACCAACCAUCACCACCACCACCGCAACCUGCAGCCAUAGUUCACCAUGUCUCUCACCAGACCACCCACCAAACCCCCAAGUACACCGACAAUAAACCCACUGUUAGGUUUUACAGCAAGAUCAAGACUAAUUACUCACUCACCAUCCGUAAUGGAGAAGUCGUUCUCGCACCCACCAACCCCUCCGAUCAUCACCAGCAUUGGAUAAAGGAAGAGAAGUUUAGCACGAGAGUCAAAGACGAAGAGGGUUUUCCCUCUUUUGCUCUGGUCAAUAAAGCUACGGGACAGGCAUUGAAGCACGCUACCGGUGCUGCUAAACCGGUUCAGCUAACGGAAUACAACCCAGAUAAGCUUGACGAAUCUGUUCUUUGGACACAAAGCAAGGAUUUGGGUGAUGGUUUUCACGCAGUAAGAAUGGUGAACAAGAUUAAGCUUAAUGUUGAUGCAUCUAUCGGUGACACUGGUAUUCAUGAUGGCACCAAAAUUCUUUGUUGGGAGUGGACUAAAGGUGAUAACCAGAGGUGGACAACUGCCCCUUUCUGAUAUAUAUGUGGUGGUGUGGAGUUCACUAGAAACUUGGUGUGCUUUCAUGUGUGUGGUUGCAAGUGCAAUGUUCAUGUCAUAAUGAUGGUGAUAUGUAUGUUUGAAUAAUGUUGUGUUUAAAUAUUAUGAUUAUGUGUUCGAAUAACACGCAAUUGGACUGUUACAUGGCUUAGUACCACGACUAGUGCGUAUUGGACAUUGUACGGAUUGAUGUUCGUAUUGCCUGUUAUGUGUACACGUAUGAAUGAGGAAUAAUUUUUACUGGUGUA